GUGAGUUGGCUUUGGAGGAAUGCUGUUUCUCCUCCCAGCUGUAAAAACACAACGGCAGAGGGAGCAGAGAGCCCGCUUCAUCCCACCGUCCUGUCACAGCAAUUAGCGUCAGCCCCGGUCAUGUGACUGACAGACUCCUAUGGCUCCGAGUUGUUCCCAUCUCCCACAGUCAUGGCGGUGUCGGGGAGUCACGGAGAUGGAGUAAACACCACCACUGCUACAUCUUGAUUUUAUUUUAGCUUCAUGCUGGACUGUAUCUGCCGUCAUCCGAGAUAUCGCAAACAUCCCGUAGGCUGCUGUGCUUCCAACGAUGGCUGACCGCAGCGUUGAUCUGUCGGCUCUGCCUAAAGAGGUCAGGGACCAGCUGGCGGAGUUGGAUCUGGAGCUAUCCGAAGGUGACAUUACACAGAAGGGCUAUGAGAAGAAAAGGACCAAACUCCUGGCUCCCUACAUCAUCCAAGCUCCAGUGGAGCCGCCCCGUCAGAAUGACGUUCAGCGUCCCGCUCCCAGCUCCUCCUCCAGCCACGCCCCUCCCCCUUCCAGCUCGUCCCGUUACCGAGAACGUCGCUCCCGCAGAUCACAUCGCAGUGGGGGAACCAGGGAUGAUCGAUACAGAUCAGAUAUCCAUUCUGAGGCAGUUCAAGCUGCCCUGGCUAAACAUAAAGAGGAGAAAAUGGCGCUGCCCAUGCCGACCAAACGACGCUCCACUUACGUCCCAUCUCCCAUCAACACACGCACACCACCAGACUCCUCAUCAGGUUCUGAAGAUGAGACAGCGGUGCGCAGGCAGUCUUCAUUGGUCGUUCCUCAGCCUGUGGUCAAUCCCAACCUGCAGAGCCCAGAUGCGUGGAUCAACCGCACCGUCCAGGGCUCCUCCACCUCCUCCUCGGCCUCCUCCACCUUGUCCCACGGGGAGGCCAAGCCGCAGCCUCAGAGCCAGCCUAAGCCUCAGCCCCAGUACAAGCCGCAGUACCAGCCACUGUAUCAGCCUCAGCACCAACCACAUCACCAACCGCAUCACCAACCGCAUCACCAACCGCAGCACCAGCCGCAGCGUCAGCCGCAGCACCAGCCACAGCACCAGCCGCAGCACCAACCACAGCAUCAACCGCAGCAUCAACCGCAGCACCAACCGCAGCACCAACCGCAGCACCAGCCGCAGCACCAACCGCAGCAUCAACCGCAGCACCAACCGCAGCAUCAACCGCAGCAUCAACCGCAGCACCAACCGCAGCACCAACCGCAGCACCAACCGCAGGACCAGCCUCCUCCCUCCUCCCACACUGCAGCUGUGAUGGACAUGUUGGCCCACAGUCGCAUCGCUCCCUCAGAGAACAGCGCCCCCCCUCCAGAUGUGACAGCUGUGGCCCCUCCAUCCAGAGCAACGAGGGUCGACCUGCCCAGUGCCACGGUCCGGGGAAUGAGCCGCGGGCAGAGUCGCUCCAGCAUGAUGGAGACUGCGGACGGAGUUCCUGUGAACAGCAGAGUGUCCACUAAGAUCCAGCAGCUGCUCAACACCCUGAAGAGGCCCAAGAGGCCCCCGCUCAGCGAGUUCUUCACCGACGAUCAAGAGGAGAUCGUAGAAGUGCCCCAGCCAGACCCUAACACGCCAAAACCGGAGGGCCGUCAGAUCAUCCCGGUGAAAGGGGAGCCUUUGGGAGUGGUCAGUAAUUGGCCCCCAGCCCUACAGGCAGCACUGGCACGUUGGGGGGCCACUCAGGGGAAAAGCCCCGCACUCACUGCUCUUGAUAUCACGGGCAAACCGCUCUACACACUGACUUAUGGGAAGCUGUGGAGUCGCAGUGUGAAGCUGGCAUACACCCUCCUCAACAAGCUGGGCACAAAGAACGAGCAAAUACUGAAACCUGGGGACAGGGUCGCGCUGGUGUUCCCCAACAGUGACCCUGGUAUGUUCUGGGUGGCCUUCUACGGCUGCCUCCUGGCUGAAGUUAUACCUGUACCUAUUGAAGUACCUCUAUCUCGCAAAGAUGCAGGUAUCAGCCAGGUGGGCUUUCUGCUCGGUAGCUGUGGUGUGGGUCUCGCUCUGACCAGUGAGAUCUGUCUGAAGGGUUUACCCAAAACUCCCACUGGGGAAAUAAUGCAGUAUAAAGGUUGGCCUCGACUAAAGUGGGUGGUGACUGACACAAAAUACCUGACCAAGCCUUCCAAAGACUGGCAGCCGCACAUCCCCACUGCCAACACUGACCCUGCAUAUAUAGAGUACAAGGCGAGUAAAGAGGGCACAGUGGUGGGUGUGGCUGUGUCUAAAGUGGCCAUGUUGACCCACUGCCAAGCACUGACCCAGGCCUGCAACUACUGCGAAGGGGAAACUUUAGUGAAUGUGCUGGACUUUAAGAAGGAUAUUGGGCUGUGGCACGGAGUUCUCACAGCCGUGAUGAACAGGAUACAUACUAUCAGUGUUCCCUAUGCAGUAAUGAAGGCUUGUCCGCUGUCCUGGGUACAGAGGGUCCACAUCCACAAAGCUCGUAUUGCUUUGGUGAAGUGCCGUGACUUACAUUGGGCAAUGAUGGCUCAUCGGGAACAGAAAGACACCAGUCUGGCUUCACUACGUAUGCUGAUUGUUGCUGAUGGUGCUAAUCCCUGGUCGGUGUCUUCCUGCGAUGCCUUCCUGAACGUGUUUCAGUCCCACGGGCUGAAACCUGAGGUCAUAUGUCCCUGUGCCACCUCCCCUGAGGCUAUGACAGUAGCCAUACGCAGACCGGGAGUACCAGGCACCCCCCUCCCUGCCCGUGCCAUCCUUUCUUUGGGCGGCCUGAGCCACGGUGUCAUCAGGGUCAACACAGAGGACAAGAACUCCGCCCUGACUGUACAAGAUGUGGGACACGUCAUGCCCGGAGCUCUGAUGUGCAUUGUGAAGCCAGAAGGGCCUCCUCAAUUGUGCAAAACCGAUGAGAUAGGUGAGAUAAUAAUCAACUCCCGUGCUGGAGGCAACAUGUACUACGGCCUGCCUGGACUCACCAAAAACACCUUUGAGGUUAUACCGGUUAACGCCAACGGAGUUCCCAUUGGAGAGAUUCCCUUUGUGCGGUCUGGACUCCUGGGGUUUGUUGGCCCAGGCAGUCUGAUCUUUGUGGUGGGGAAGAUCGAGGGGCUGCUGAUGGUGAGCGGGCGGAGACACAACGCGGAUGACCUGGUAGCCACUGCUCUGGCCGUGGAGCCAGUGAAGACGGUGUACCGUGGGAGGAUCGCUGUGUUUUCAGUCACAGUGUUUUAUGAUGAGAGGGUGGUGAUUGUGGCGGAGCAGAGGCCAGACGCCAGCGAAGAGGACAGCUUCCAGUGGAUGAGCCGAGUGCUUCAGGCUAUUGACAGCAUCCAUCAGGUGGGCCUCUACUGUCUGGCUCUGGUCCCAGCCAACACCUUACCCAAAACACCACUGGGUGGCAUCCACAUCUCUGACGCCAAGCAGUACUUCUUAGACGGCAACCUGCACCCCUGCAACAUCCUCAUGUGUCCCCACACGUGUGUCACCAACCUGCCCAAGCCGCGCCAGAAGCAGCCCGUUGGUGUAGGUCCUGCGUCCGUGAUGGUGGGUAACCUCGUUGCAGGGAAGAGGAUUGCCCAGGCUGCAGGCAGGGACCUCGGCAUGAUUGACGACCAGGAUCUUGUCCGCAAGCUCUGUAUGUGGCCUACUGUGAUGCAUCAGUAUUUGACAGAGGCUCUGCAGUGGAGGGCACAGACAGACGCAGACCACGUGCUCUUUGUUCUUCUCAACGCCAAGGGUGUUCCAGUGAGCACUGCGACAUGCGUACAGCUUCACAAGCGGGCUGAGAAGAUAGCUGCAGCGCUUACUGAGAAAGGAAGCAUCAACACAGGAGAGAAUGUGGUGCUGCUUUAUCCUCCUGGCAUUGAUUUGAUAGCUGCCUUCUACGGCUGUCUCUACGCUGGAUGUGUUCCCGUGAACGUCCGACCUCCACACCCUCAGAACCUGGGAGCCACGUUGCCUACUGUCCGCAUGAUUAUUGAUGUCAGCAAAGCUGCAUGUAUCCUAACCACUCAAGGUCUCAUGAGGAUUCUGCGCUCCAAAGAGGCUGCUGCCUCUGUAAACAUUAAGACGUGGCCAACAAUCAUUGACACAGAUGACCUUCCUCGCCGCCGGCCUCCACAAAUCUACAAGCCGCCCACAGCUGAGAUGAUAGCUUAUCUGGACUUCAGCGUUUCCACUACAGGCAUGCUCACAGGGGUCAAGAUCUCUCAUGCAGCAGUCAGUGCAAUCUGUCGCUCUGUAAAGCUGCAGUGUGAACUGUACUCCUCUCGCCAAAUAGCCAUCUGCCUGGAUCCUUACUGUGGCCUGGGCUUUGUCUUGUGGUGCCUCGCAAGUGUUUACUCAGGUCACCAAUCCAUCCUGAUUCCUCCCUUCGAGUUGGAGAGCUGCUGCUCUCUGUGGCUCAGCACGCUCAGUCAGUAUCGCGUCAGAGACACCUUCUGCUCCUACUCCGUCAUGGAGCUCUGCACCAAAGGACUGGGUACUCAGACUGAGUUACUCAAGGCUCGUGGUGUCAGCCUGUCAUGUGUGCGGAGCUGCGUGGUGAUAGCAGAGGAACGCCCUCGACUCACCCUCUCACACUCCUUCUCCAAGCUGUUUAAGGACAUCGGGCUAUCGCCCAGAGCUGUCAGCACUGCUUUUGGUUCCAGGGUUAAUCUGGCCAUCUGCCUGCAGGGCACAACUGGUCCAGAUCCCUGUACAGUUUAUGUGGACAUGAAGUCCCUCCGUCAUGACAGAGUGAGGCUGGUGGAGAGAGGAGCGCCUCAGAGUCUUCCACUAAUGGAGUCUGGCAAGAUACUGCCAGGUGUUCGGGUGAUCAUCGUAAAUCCAGAGACCAAAGGUCCUCUUGGUGAUUCUCAUCUAGGAGAGAUCUGGGUGAACAGCCCUCACAAUGCCAGUGGCUACUACACCAUCUAUGGAGAGGAGAGUCUCCAGGCCAACCACUUCAACACCAAGCUCAGCUUUGGAGACCCGCAGACCUUAUGGGCCAGAACGGGGUACCUGGGUUUUGUAAAAAGGACUGAACUGUUGGAGGCCAGCGGGGAUCGUCAUGACGCCCUCUUCGUGGUUGGCUCACUCGAUGAGACCUUGGAGCUAAGAGGGCUGCGCUAUCAUCCAAUUGACAUUGAAACUUCAGUGUCCCGGGCUCACCGCAGUAUAGCUGAGAGUGCUGUGUUUACAUGGACCAACCUGCUGGUGGUGGUGUCAGAGCUUUGUGGUUCAGAGCAGGAUGCGCUGGACUUGGUGCCUCUGAUAACCAAUGUGGUUCUGGAGGAGCACCACCUCAUCACGGGUGUGGUGGUUAUCGUGGACCCAGGGGUUAUACCCAUCAACUCUAGGGGAGAGAAGCAACGCAUGCACCUUCGUGACUCCUUCCUUGCGGACCAGCUGGAUCCCAUCUAUGUUGCUUACAACAUGUAAGGCGUUGCGGUGGACGGGCCUGUAUGGUCUGCACCUUCACCCCAGCGCUCUACCAUAGCUGUGGCAGAGGGUGAAAAGGAGAAGCAUGAACCACCCAGCCCUGUGUGACACCAGCGUUUCUUGGCCACUGCAUGUCUGUGAUUGGACCUGCCAUGUUUUGAGUUCUUCACUGUGUUUUAUAGAUAGAAUUUUGAAAAUGGGACAGAAGCAACAUGUGUAUAUAUAUAUACACGGCAAAGGGAGAUAAAAAACCCUGUUGCCCUUUUUUAGGGAAAGGACAAAAACAACCCGUACAACAGGAUUACUCAUAAAAUGAAUUCUAUAUAAAUGUUUUCGUGAAAGUCUGUCGUCUUAUGCCGUACCAACCAGAAACACUUCCCUUCUGUGUCUACACAGAUUCCAAGAGCUAUUACAUUUUGAUCGACAACUUGAAAUAUUUUUUACAUGCAGCUUUCAAACAAACGCAAAUAAACUGAGCCCUUUUCAUUUCUCACUUGCAUGAAUUAAUAAAAAGGGCAGAUAAAAUAAACCAUUAAAUAAGAAGCGAGUCUAAGACUGUGAGCAUAAUUUAAGAAUAACUUAUUUUGUCCCAUGAUAAUGAAGCCAAAUACAUUUUCACAACAUUCAUGCCCAAGAUAUUUCCUGCCUUAUAAAACUUCAGCCAUACAUUCCUAUCUUAAUUUUUAAUGAAUCUGUUAUAGGUGGCUUUUUAGUCUCUGUUGGAUUCAAAUAGUAAUGAAAAUCCUGACAGAUAUCCAAAGUAAACAAAGUAAAAGACAAAAGAGGCCAUAUUCUGUACUGUACCUAUAAAGGCCUGUUGUAUUUUGAUACUGUACGUUACUGUAUAAAUAUUUGUAAUUGUAUAAAUGUAUACAUGCUUGACUUGUCUCUCUCAGUUGAUGGUUUAUGGAUAGUUUACCCAGCUGAGAGAUGAUAAUUGUAGCAGAGAGAGGAUUGUAAAUAAGAUUUAACAGUACUUUUGAAAUGGAGUAAUAUUUAGUAUGAUGGAGGGUGGAGAUGAUUAACUUUAAAGCAAUGAUAGCCAGGAUAGAUACAACAUUGCACUUUCUCACAAAUUGUCUAUUUUAUUAUAACAAUGAGGCAUUAAAAUGAAUGGUUUGGGUGCGUAUAUUCUGAGGACUAAUGCUUGAGGAGCUUUGAGAGUUUAGUGGGAGGGCUAUCACUGUUAAUGCCAGGGAACCUUGGCAUUUAAUGAUCAAGUAAAAAAAACGUUGCUAAAACCAAUAUCAUGAUUAUUUUCAAACUACCAGGUUAUGUUGUAAACAUGUAAAAGAAGUAAUACAUAUGCCCACAACUCUACAUCUAAUAUCCAUAACCAUUGUACUUAGUAUCGCUAAAAAGUCCCCCCCACACACCUUUCAGUUUUGUAUUGCAUAAUAGAGGAAAUGAUUGAGAGCGUGGCCCUUCCCAUUUCCUCUUCUCUUGUCUUCGUGCAACUGUGUAAAGAAUGACUUUGAAUUCCAACCGGAUAGUUGUUGGUACUUUAAGUCUGUAGUCAAUACAGGAACGUCACCAUGUAUCUGAAUUAUUAUUAUUAUUUUCUGUGUUCAGUCACUGGAUUAAAAGCACUUGAAAAUGCAGUUGCAAAGCUGAGCCUACGGUUACAAACUCCUUGAUUGGAAAGUAAGGAAAGUAAUUGUAUAAAAAAGAAAGAAAAAAUGCAGCAAGAUAUAUUUGCAAAAUGUAUUUGGUCUCCUGUAAGCUUGUGCUUUCCUUGUACUUCUCUGUCAUUAUUUAUAGGUUAUUUGUACUGGAUUAAUCUGUAUCUCAGUGAUGAACACUAAAUGUCAACAUGUAAAUAGUUUUUUUUGUUGUUAUUUUUGGACUUUUGCAACUGUCUCACUAAAACAUUCAAUCAUGCCAAACACAAUAUUCGAACGUUGUUUAGUCAUAUAAAGGUAAACAGGAAUAUAAUCCAUUGAAUUACUGCACUUUGCACUGGUGGUACUUACAGUAGGUGUCUACUGUGUGGACUAACUAUACCCAUUUCAUGUUAAAUUUAAUGUGUUACUAAUUUUUUUAAUAUAAUGCUUUUUCCCAGUUUAAGUCCAACUAGAGAAAAGACUAAUAGCACUUAAUCUUAUUUUUGACAUUGCAUCCUUCAUUUGCAACAUAAUGUUUGCAUGACUCAGCCAGGCACAAAAAUAAAUCAGCUGGAGGCACAUCUCAUCCUUAGGGACACGAGUGGGAGGAGAUGUAUAUGUAUGAAAUUGCAUAUUCAGGGAACAAAACUCAUAACACAGGGAUGGACCAGGUGGUCCCUUGGUGCAAUCUGUGAGUAAUAAUACCCAUAAAAUGUAGAGGUUUGUCAAAACAAAUGCACUUGUAAUUAACGCUUACGUAAAGAGCAAAAAGAGGGGUUACCAACGACCAGAGUCCAUCUACCAUCUCCCUGCUUCACUGGGAAGUCUACAAGGGCUUCCUUUGGUUUCCGCUCUUUUUCUCUGUCAGAGCUCUUACACACUAUGCAAUCUCAAUGACAGUGCAAUUUAAUUUCAAAGCUUGCACAGUCUUGUGAAAUAACAUGAUGCUUAAACAUUUUGUAAUAAACUAAGAACAGAGGACUGGUGAAAUUUAACCAGUAGUGGUCUUAAGACUGUAUUAAUUUCUCUUGAGUUGUUCUAUCAAUAUUUUAUGUAUGCACUCUUGGUAUGUUGUAUAUUAAUUAUUUGGUAAAAUUCUAAACUGCUCCAUGAGGGUGUGAUCCACUGAUACAUCUUUAAUGCUGGGAGGUGUGUUACCUCACAUAUUUGAGAAGUUAAGGUGGUACACCCCUUCCCAUUUUUCUCACUUAUUUUCUAUUUUGGUUUGUUGUACUUUAUUUUAUACUUUAUGUGAAAGUAAUACGGAAUAAACAGAAACAUUUAAUCAUU